GAAAAUUGUCACUUGUCAGCCAUAUUGAAAUUUGAAGUAAAAAAUGGAGAACUGAGGUGUCAUCAUUUGAAGAGAUUGUUAUUCUAAUUGUUUAUUGUAAUUUCAUUGAAAAUUAUUGGAGAAAAAUAUAGUGAAUACUGGGUGUUGUUAGUGGGGUCGUUUCGUGACAUUGUUCUGUGCAAGUUUUAUAUUCAUCAUUUGGGUGGAUUUAUUGUUUGUCAAAAUUGCUUCAGUUUUGUGGAAUCAACCUAGAUACAUCCAAAAUGAGACGAGGAUCACACGAUAUGCAAGUCAAUGUGGCUGGUCUUAGACGAAAUCUGAAGAACUUCGCACACAACUAUUCAGAUGCGCAGAAGAAGGUGCGCGAGGCCACCUCGAACGACCCAUGGGGCCCUAGCAGCACCCUGAUGGCAGAAGUGGCCGAUCUGACCUAUAACGUUGUUGCCUUUUCCGAAAUCAUGCAGAUGGUGUGGAAGAGACUGAACGAUCACGGUAGGAAUUGGAGACACGUAUAUAAGGCACUGGUGCUGCUGGAAUAUUUGAUUAAGACUGGAUCGGAAAAGGUCGGGCAACAAUGUAAAGAGAACAUAUUCGCCAUACAGACACUCAGAGAUUUUCAGUAUCUUGAAGAAGGUAAAGAUCAGGGACAAAAUGUACGAGAAAAAGCCAAGCAAUUGGUGAAUUUAUUGAAAGAUGACGAAAAAUUGAAGAGCGAAAGAGCCAGAGCACUGAAAGCGAAAGAACGUUUCGCUCAAAGUGCAAGCGCUUUUGGAAGUGAUACGGGCUUAGACACCCCCACAAGUCCUAGAUAUCCUGCAUUCAGAGGAGACUGGAGCGGUAGCAGAGAUGCAGCCGAUUCUGUUUCAGUUGACUUGCCUCGGGAGAUCGAAAAUGCCAGACCACAAACUGCAGGCGAAGAAGAAUUACAGUUACAGCUGGCCCUGGCUAUGUCAAGAGAAGAGGCCGAGCAGGAAGAACAGAAAAGAAAAUCGGAUGACGUUAGAUUGCAGUUGGCUCUGAGUCAAAGUCAGCAGGACUUCAAAACUCACGACAAGAAGCCGGAAGGUGCGGAACCAUUGGACUAUUUAAGUGAAGCGUUAGACCCCUGGCGUAUGCCUUCACAGGAGAAACCACAGAGAUCUUCCCCUUGGCAUGAUACAACUUCUCCGAACCACAUCGGUGCUGGAGCAGCUUCCGUAGACCCCUGGCUGCCUGUGACAGCCCAGGCUAAAGCGGAACCUUGGGUUUCACCCACAGCUACCAACCUAUUGGAUUCUUUACUUCCACAAAAGCCCAAAGAACCCGAAACGAAGAACGAUCCCUGGUCACCUGCCAGCCAGAGCUCCUCUACCGAUUUGGACGAGUUCGACCUCAUCAUGAACAGGAAUAAGUCGCCCCAAACGGUGCAACCUACAGUUGGAAUCAGUAAUAACAACAGUGAUCCGUUUGAGUUGAGUCUGCUCGGUGAAGGCUUGCCUGAGGUUCAACCUACGUCAUCUGCAACAGGGGUCAUAAAGAAGACACCGCAAUCGUUUUUGGGUGAAAAUUCUUCCCUGGUCAACCUAGAUAAUCUUGUGAUGAGCAAACCUUUAAAUCCACAAGGGGCAAAUCCUUUCCAAGAUCAACCGCCAAGACCAGUUUUCAACACUACCCCAGUCAAGCCAUCUAUGAACGAGAUCAAACAAGCAUCAUUUGCACCGUUUACUACACCCCCAGCUGCUGCUUUUCAACCUGCACCUGGCCAGUAUGCAUUAGGACCUAGUUUGGGUAACGGAUUUGGUCCUAGUAAUAACUAUCCUCUAAAUCCAAUUGUUCAAGAUCCCUGGACUCCUGUGCCUAGCACAACAAACACUCAGUCCCCUUGGACGAAAUCUAACGAACCUGCAAACCCGUUCUUAUCUUAACAUAGGAGUGUUGAAGUAUUUUCUUAACCAAAUUACUUCACCCAAAAGGGAGAAAAGGGACAACGAGAUGCUAGAGGUGAUUAUGAAAAAUAAUAGUUUUACUUUAAUAAAAAAUUUUUAUGAAAAUUGAAGUGAUAUGAAUUAAUCAAUAAGAGAAAACGUUUGAUAUGAAACCUGCAAGGGAUCCUAACUCUCUUACAUCUUUUUCGGUAAUAAUUGUAGAUUGUAUUCAUAUUGUUGAAGUUCUUCUUUCGAAGAAGACGGUUCCUGAAAAAAAAGAACUCUGACCCGAAAAUUCUGAAUUUGCAAUAUCAUUGCACAUUUUUUCAUCUAGGGGGAUUUGUAAAACAUUGGUGGAUGUAGAGGUUUCUAUUGAUUGAAGAAACUAAUUUAUAUAUUUUUCUACAUGUAAUUUAGGACUUGUGUAGGAAGUCAAACGUUGAUAUUGUAUUUUCUAAUAAAGUCCGAGUAAAUUUGUGAAAUGGAUUCUACAUAAGAUGUAUAUAAAUAUAUAAUUGUAUUAUAUCAAAUCAAAUAUUUAUGCAUUCUACAAAAAAUAUUCAAGGACUCGUAAUUCAUUCUUCGAGCACUAUAAUUCCACAAAAUCUAAAAUAAAGAAUCCAUGGAUGUUUUUUGAUUAUCUAUAGCUUGUAUUUUGACUAAUUUACAUUUCUAAGGACGAGUUGCUUCACAACAAACUGUUAUUAAAUGGGACUUUGUGAAAUAUCAAUUCGGAAAAAAAUUCCUCUUGAAUCAAAAUUUUAUUUAUAACUAUUUUUUCUAAUAUAUUUCUCCAAUUCACAUGGUGGUGAAUAAAAAUAUUUUUCAAUUAAAAUAUAAACUUUUCACUAACUUAUUGACACUACUAAAACUCAAUCAGAACAUAACUUGUUCUCCUAAAUCGCACAAGCUUCUCAAAAACUUUUUUUUGUUGCCGAAUCGAACUUAACCAGUACUUUAAUUUUAUCAACAGCCUUUUUUUGUAUGGAAUUCAAUUUUAUGAGUUACGGUUUGUCCAGAAAACGAUAAAUUUUCCCGAUUUAAUGUAGAUUAAGAAAAAUGUUUUCUUUGGCGACAGAAUCUUG